AUGCCUCGCGAAAUCACCGACAUCAAAUCCUUCUUGGAGAUUUGCAGACGCAAAGAUGCUUCCUCUGCCCGCAUAAAGAAGAAUGUCGGAAAGACCAGCGCCAUCAAGAUCAAGGUCAGAUGCCAAAAGUACUUGUACACCCUUGUCCUUAAGGAUUUGGAGAAGGCCGAGAAGUUGAAGCAAAGUCUUCCACCUAACCUCACCAUCGCCGAGACCCCAAAGAAGAACCAAAAGGGAAAGAGAAUCGCAUAAAUGGCUGAAUAUUGGGGUUAGAUUAUGGAUUCAAGCAGUGGAUGAGACAAUACAAACAUUGAUUGCACAGUCAAGAUCUUUCGAGCAUGGUCGGCGGUCGCAAAUUUCCAAUGUGAUAUCCUACUUUCGUUCUAUGGAAAUAAACGAAGUAGAUUACGAAAAUGAGAUAAGCUUUCGGAAUCCAAUCUUUGUAUCUGGUUGUCUAAGACAAUAUGUGUAUGGUUGAUGAGAUGUGAACUGGACAACUGCAAUGAUUUGCGCAGGUUGUCAUUACAAAUUAUCCUCAAGUAUCUGCGCAUCGCUUCUUAAGUCAAGAUGGUAAUGGGCAGUUUGCUUGUGCAUCUUCCACUUUGGUUUCUUCCACUAUUAGCACUUAUAAUGGGAAUUUUUAGGGAGUAAAAGCUUUACUCGUUACGCCUAACCCACCCAUUCCUUCAAUGACAAAAGUCAAGUUAAGGGCCUUGUGGCUACCAUCUGGCUACCUCGAUGCCAAUUCAACAAAAGAUAAAGGCUGGAAUCGCUGAUUGGGAGACUCAAUCAUCUUAGUGAUUCUUUGUCUUUUGUUGUUUCAAAGAAUAAUCAUUCGCUUUGUCAAAAUAUCCUUCACAAAGAAUCUUAAACAUAGUAACUUUUUAUUCCUUGAACACUCACCAAGCUCGGUGCUCUCCCUUUCAUCUCUUCGUUCUCUUUGUUCCCUUCAAUGUAUAUCCAUCGACAAUCCCAUUGUUCACCCCUUUCCCGC